AUGGUGCGUCUGGACACAAGGAUCGCACCUCCAAAAAUUCCAAACAUAUGCUGCCAACCACAGAGCAUAUCAGCAGCUAGGAGACAGCUGUCGAAGUUUGACCUCACUUACACUCCUUUCCAAAGUCAAAUCUCGGCCCUCGAUUCCAAAAAUGCCCCCCUCGUCCGCCACGUACACCACGAUCCCGAUCUCCGGCGUCGACGUCAUUUUUCGAUCGACGCAGAACCUGUCCGCCAGCCUCUCCCGGUGCCGCCCCUNAUCACCGCCUGUGCCGCCGUCUCCCUCCUCGGCUCCCCGAUCGCCUUGUUACUCAUCGGCUUCGUCUACUUCCUCUGGCUGAUCCUCUACUUUUUCCGGGAAGAUCCGCUCCUGGUUUGGGGCCACCACGUCAGCGAUUGGGCCGUGAUUUUGGGCAUCGUCUUGAUCUCCAUCGUGGCCUUCUGGAUCACGGGGCCGCUCAACAGCCUGUCCAUUGGCGUGGGCCUCGGCCUGUUUAUCUCUGUCGUCCAUGGAGUGUUGAGGAAUCCUGAAGGCCUCUUUCUGGACGAGAACGACGCCGUUUCGAACGGAUUGAUUGUCUCCACUUCGAAGCCGACUGCUUCCGGUAUUCCAAGUGGUGGAAUUCCGUUUAGCCCGCCGGUGUAG